AUGCGUCAGGAGACUAGCUAUCAUUCCUUAUCUCUUCACCACGGAGUCCACGCACAAAAUGUCUUGAAUGUAAACGCCCUUUUGACCUGUUUGAAGCGUCCGAAGGGUAAGAAACGAGCUGCACCAACGGCGCCAGAUCGGCCACGGAAGAAGGCGCGACGACCGCGCACCGAAGACAAAGCUCCCUCUUCAGAAGACGACGAACCAAAACAAUUCCUCGUCUGCGAACACACAUUCGAAUUGCAAUAUAAGUGGUCUGAGGACGAGGUCGCGCGAAAAGUCGAUGAAGGUGGCGCUCUGGCGCAUUCGCAAAAAGGCGUCGCUGAGGUUAUGUCCAAGAUCGGCUCGCAAGCUACUGAUCUCGGCAUGCUUGUACUGAGAUCUGGCUCAUUCGCGAGUGCAGGUCGCAUCGUUGCUCUCCAGGCGUAUACCGAAACUGGGUCGUACGUAUUGACACUUCCAGACAUAACGUUCGACUUCGAUGCUGCUGCUCACGACCUGCGCCUCUCGUACCUGUCCGACCCGCUAGUUGCCUGUCAUCGUCUCAGCUCGGCGGGGCGCGCAGUCAUCUCUGCACGGGCCUCCCUCCAUCCAGAGCCGACCGCAGACAAGUCGCAGUUGCCGUUUCGCAUCCGUGUCGAGAUCAGCGUGUCGCUCAAUUAUCCCUCCAUCGUCAAACAGGUUCCUUCUUCUGUACACAACCGCGUGAACGAAGUGGACGAGGCACAACGGCGUGUCCUGUGGCACGUGUUUCCUCCGUGCAAUUCUCCCCCAGCGGGAUUUGCGGGUAACAUCGACGUCUCGCUGUUGUUCUCAAUUUUGGGCCGGGCACCCCCCAUCGCACAUGACCAUCAUGUACAGCCGCAAGAUUUGAGACCAACGCUACUGCCGUUCCAGCGGCGUAGCGUAGCGUGGAUGUUGUCACGCGAGGGUCAGACAUUGUCCGAGUCCGGUUCAGUCGAACCGUCAGCCGCAAGUCGUUCGUCCAGUCUGUUCUGGGAAGAAACGCAGGUAGAAGACGAGAAGUGGUACGUUAACCGCUUGCGUGGUGUCGUCUCUCGUACCAAGCCCGAUGAAGACGAAGACGCACUCGGCGGUAUCCUCGCCGAGGAACCAGGAUUAGGAAAGACGCUAGAAUGCAUAGCACUGAUAAUGCUCAACCCAGCUAUAGGCCGGGGUCCAGUGAAUAAGAGAUGGGACGAGGAAGCAAAGGUCUACGUGAAGGAAAUUAAGACAACGCUUAUUGUAACGCCAGCGUCGCUCGCGCCGCAAUGGGUCGAUGAAUUCAAAUUACAUGCACCGACUCUCAAAGUGCUAGUUUACGACGGCUGGCAGAAAGUGCAUGGGCAGGGCAAGGAAACAUCUGGCAAGCAGAAAGCAACAAGAGAGGGACGCGGAGGUCAGUCUGGUGCGAAAGCAAGACGGGAGGCAAAGAAGAAAGCCAAGGUUGCUGCUACUUCGCAUGCAGGCUCCGAUAUUGAGACGGGAGAGACAGGACCGAGUGCAAAGCUCGACGAGGAAGUCGACGGCAUCGUGGAUUGGUGCACGUACGUUAAUACGUUCGACGUGUGUAUCACCACGUACAAUGUGCUGCAGCAAGAUCUAAGUGUGGCACGACCCCCUCCGGUGCGGCCUCGACGCGAGACGGCGCUAUAUACUACCAGUGCGCACGCACGAAGCCCCCUCAUCACGUGCGAAUGGUAUAGAGUUAUCAUGGACGAAGUGCAAAUGGUCGGCGGAGGGAGGACCCAUUUCCUGAGGGUUAGCACUAUAUCCAACAAUCCUCGUCUCUGGAGCCGGCUUUUGUUACCCAGCUAUGUCAAUGACUUUGUUUCAUUGUUCCGCCGAUACGCAAUCAGAACGGUGAAGACGGAGGUACAGGAUGAACUGACGAUCCCUGCCCAGACUCGCUACUUGGUCCCCAUAGAGCAAGGCCCAGUCGAACGUCAUGUCUACACCCAAAACUUUUACAAUGCCUGCCUCGACCUCGGCCUUGACGUCAGAGGAAUCGCGGUGCGGGAAGAUUGGGAAGCCGAUACUACAGUCCUGCGAGCGUGGUUGCGCAAACUCCGUGGUAUCUGCACCCAUCCGCAGGUCGGCCAGCUCAGCAACCGCGCGGACAGGCAGCACAAAUCUAAAGGGAUCAAGUCGAUGAGUGAAGUCCUCGAGGACAUGAGACAGCAGAAUUGGCGCGACUUGAUGGAAGACCGUCGUUAUAAGGUCCAACAACUAGCAAGAAUUGCUCAAUUAGAACAGGUUGUGAAGGAUAAUGCUAAUCGCUAUCAAAUCGCGCUUCAGACUCUCCUGGCGGCUGAGAAGGACGCUCGCCUGCUGGUCAAUGACGUUCAGACGGCUUUGGCCGAACAUCUGAAGCAAGAAGCCUCGCUAGAGGCUUCGCGCAACGCAAGAACAUCACAAAAUGAUCACUCGGAGAAUUCGGGCAAGGGCAAAGGACGCGCGAGGAACGAUGAUGCGUCUGGUAAUUUGAGCUCCCUCUCGGAUGACGAGAGCGUUCCCUUCAAUAAAGCUGGAGAAGAACAUAUGGCAAGAAGAGCAGCGUUGCAGAACCGCCUCAGGGAUUGUCGCGUGAUUCUCCAUCAAGUACUAUUCUUCAAGGCCAAUGUGUAUAACAUUCUCGGCGAAUCGCAUGCGGAUGCGGAGAUCGAGGCAUAUGCUGCAGCGGAGGAGCUUAGGCGGCUCGUCUUGAAAGGCACGGAGGAGACUGCCGCACGAGCCAUGGAGCAGCUAAAGAGCAACCCUUCGAUUCGAGAACUAAAGAACAGUGAGCUCGACAUUGCUGUACCGUACCUGGACAAGGGCGGUCCCAGGUCGGCUGACUUGAUGGAAGAAGCGAAUGAGUUUAUCGAAUCUCUGCUCAACGAACAAUCUGCUCUGAUAUGGGAAUGGCGUCAAAAGCUGAUCAAGCUCCUUACACAAUCGCUGACAUCAAAAGACGAAGACGAAGACGCGGAUGGUCAGGAAUAUGCACGGAGUAUAGACACUCAAGGCGAAGCGGAGGCCUACCUGGAAGCAUAUGCCGCCCUCCUGUCUGACCGCAGAGAAGCUCUCACUGCCGAACGCACGCUUCUGGCUGCUCACGACACUAAAGAGGCUCACAUUCGGCGCACAAAGGCAGCAAAGAAGGCGUCUCGUCUGAUAGGAGUAGAGAUGGAAGCAGGAGAAGACGGAUUCAAACUACAGCAGCAUCUAGCCGAGCAAGACGUCCGACCUGAAAUCGAACUCCUGCGCAAGUCGCUUCGAGACGAGAGAAAAGCGUUAACCGAAGACUUCGCCCCAGGUCGAGCACUGAAGUCGAUCGUGGUAGACCUUCAAGCCGUUAUUGCGCGAAUCCACAAGGUCAUCGAUCCUGAAAAGGAGCUUGUGAGGGGAGCAGUGAGGCAACUGCGCGACUUGAUUGUAGAGCAAUGUAUGCCUUUGCUUUCACCUGUUCUCUUUGGACCUGCUAACAGCCACCCAGCGAAGUUGAUGGACAGGCUACACUCGGAUUUAGUGCAGCUACGGAAAGCGUUUAAUGAGCGUAUAUCGUAUUUUCGCCAGUUACAAGAGAUCUCAGACUCCGUAACCGAAGUGGAAUUUGAUGGAGUUCUUUCUGAUGUCAUAGAGACAGCCAAGGCAGAACAGACGGACCUGGAUAUCCGGAUCAAUACAGGUUGGGCUCGUCAACGAUAUCUCGACCACCUCACCACUUCUCAAGAAGAUGGUUCAAAUGACGACGAAAACUGCUGCAUUCUUUGCAGGUGUGAGUUCUCUCGGGGUCAUAUUACACCUUGUGCCCAUAUAUUCUGCGAGACGUGUCUCAAAGGUUGGUUGGCUCGUAAAGAGGGGAAAGUGUGCCCAGUCUGCCGAAAGGGGAUUGAUACGGACCAAUUGCAACGUUUCUCGCUCAAGAAGAAAGAGGACGAUGAACAAUUACUGCCGAGGAAACUCGUCAAUAAUGAGCUGCCAAAAUCUCACCGCAGGAUCGAGUACAACUUCAUCGACAAACGCUUACUGGAAGACAUUCAGACGAUGGAAUCCUUGGGAAAUUAUGGGAGCAAGAUACAGACGGUGGUUCGGCACCUGUUGUACCUGGAGCUGAGCGACCCUGGCUCCAAGACUAUCGUAUUUUCAGCAUGGGCAGAUUCCCUUCUGAUGCUCAAGCUAUGGUCAGGGAUCUCCUGCCUGAGGAUCGACCAACAUUCCGGAAAGGAGAACGCAGCCAAGCGAUUCCGAACUGACUCAAGCAUCUCAGUCUUGUUGCUGCAUGGGGAGCGAGAGAAUGCAGGUUUGAAUGUUACAUGUGCAUCCAGGGUCUUCCUCGUAGAGAGUGUGGUCAAUCACGCAUUCGAGCUCCAGGCCAUCGCGCGAAUAGAUCGAAUGGGACAGUUGAGACCAACGGAAGUCUAUUGUUACUACACGGAGGAUACGGUAGAGAAGAGUAUUCUAGACUUGGCCGCAAAGCAGGGACAAUCCCUCUACACGAGAGACAACUCCGCAGGAACGCUGAAUGUGGCCCCGUUCGCGUUGGCCUCGAGCAAGAAUGCUAUAGACUCGCCAGCGAAAAAGAAGCAGAAGGGCGAUUUCGUUUUCAAGUUGCGUCAUGGUCUCGAAUACUAUGCCCUUAACUUACGGGUUCGGGACAGACGUCGGAAGAUUGUUACUUUCUCUCAACUCGACCAAAAGCAACUGACAAUAGAAUGGUGGCGACGAACUGGUCGUGCACUUAUGCCGCGGCCUACAUCAACGCUCCAACUCUCAGAUUAUCCACCGACUGUCUAUUCUACAAUCACAAUCCUCUCGCCACAAGUCAUUGAAACCCCAAUGUCGGGAUCGGAAUCGGAAGUGCCCAGACCAGUGCAAUCCACUCUGCUUCCCUCUUAUCCGUGGAGUACGGCUCUCCAAAUCACGAGCCCGCAAACUGAUGUCAGACAGUGGGAGAACGACUGGGUACGCGCGAUAGAUCGUGUAACGAAGCAAGGUCCCGUGGAGUUGUUCCAAUCGAUGUGCAAGCUUUGGGACCGGUGCGGAGAAAGGGAACGUGAACAUGUCGUCAAAAUGCGAUCGGACCUUGCAAAGCUGCAGAAACAGGUCGUCUUAUGGUUCGUCGACAUCAGGGUUGCCAUGGGUUGCGCAUUCGAGGAAAUAUGGAUGCUGUUGAACGAUGGGUACCGCCGCUAUUACAUAUCGGAAGGUCUGCUUCGUGCGGGUAGUGUGGGACAUUGGGAAGAGGAGGCGCGGGUGCUGUGUCCCGAAUUGACGGAAGCGAACUUAGCUCUGCCAGAUGGCCAGGCGAUGAUCGACUUUAUGUACCACGCCUAUUUGGAAGCGUGUCGUACGCGAGACAGUGGCUCCGACGUUUUCCUUGUGGCGAACCCAUGGUGGGAUAUGCUUGACGUGUAUCUAGGAAGGCCGCUGCCGGAGAAAGAGAACCUUGUUCUCGACGCAUUAGCAAUUAUCAGAAACCAGUACAUCAGUGAGUUCGUCUAUGGAUGGCUUGAGAACCUGGUCCACGAUAUUGCCGAGCGGCAAGAGUCGAUGCCUUUCCUCACUCACCUGUUCCGUCGGGACCCUGUUCGUACCGCGAAGAGCGUUAUCAAUACGCCUUACCGCAUCACCGCUCAAUCUGACUCGAGCUCCAUGUACUGCGCCGGUUGUGUGGGAACUCGCAAGGAAUUCGAAAAGAGCGACAAUGUCAGAUAUCCGAUUGGCCAAGGCACAGACACAAGUGCCAGUUUGGUAUUGAAGCUCAGAAGUUGUGGCAGAGGUAGUCUCAAUGCACGGAUAGGUUAUGCGCCAUCAUAUUGGUGGUUGAAGGGGUCAUCCCAAUCUAUACUCCGGAGCAUAACACCGAUUUGGAUGUGGACUCGAAGACCAGCUCAGUUCAGAAUGCCGACAUCUGUCACAGGCCUGUAUAGCUCAUUCCGGAAGUGGCGAACGUUGCCCAUGCUAUCAACUACACAUGGAUCAAAGAAGCUUGUUUAUGCUACUUGUGCUGUUCAUCCUGACGGCCAACGUUCUCCCCUGUCGGUCUCCCUUUCGCUCGUCAAGAUGGGUCUCAAGAACCUAUUCAUGCGGGUCACUAACUCGCUCGCAAUCACCUUCGUCAGCUUCAAGAUCGCUCCUGGUAAGGAGGUAGAAGCUACGUUGUCACAGGCAGAGCCAGAUGCACAGACGAUGUUAGAUACCUUCGUUCUUAACAAGCCAGCGGCGUCCUUCAUCGACGACAUUCAUGUGCGGAUGAGGUUCGACGAAGACGGCGAGAUGGCGAGUGACUUCAGGCCUAUCAAGAAGCUUGGCAAGGGCGGGCAGGGCACGGUGCUCCUUGUUGAUGAUAAAGUUACGGGUACCCGCCUUUCCAUGAAGGUUAUCAGGAAGAAAGACGUGCUACUCCGACACUAUCCCGGCAUAUUCCAAGAGCAGUAUGUUAUGAAAACGAUGUCAGGUAGUGCAUGGGUACUGCCUUUGCUUGGCUCAUUCCAUGACAGCGACAACUUUUAUUUCCUCACGGAGUACAUGUCUGGGGGAGACUUAUUCUCGAAGAUGAAAUGGAAGCGCAAGCUCCUGGCUCCAACUGCGUUGCAGUACGCCGCAGAACUGGUCUUUGCCAUUGGCGUCUUGCACGAGAACCGCAUCUUGCACCGCGACAUCAAACAAGACAACGCUCUACUAGAUGCCAACGAUCACCUCGUCCUCGCCGAUUUCGGCUUUACCAAGGCAUUCGGCCACCCAAGGUCCGAGACCCUCUGGAAGUCCUCCCACGACUGGGGCUGCGAGGAUGACAACAGCGAGGGUGGCGUCGAGGAAGAUCACACCAAGUCGAGGUGCGGCACGCGGGGCUUCAUGGCGCCUGAGAUCUAUUAUGGGCCCGAGUAUUCGUACCCGGCAGACAUCUGGGCGGCGGGCGUAACUAUUUUCAUGAUGCUUAAUGGCCGAUUCCCAUUUGGUAUGACUAUGGACAUGGGCCUUGCAGAGCUCUUUCGCAGAUCGAAGACGCUUCCUGUGCGGUUCGGGCCCAGCGCGAACGUCAGCGAGGACGCGAGGCAUCUGAUUACAUGGAUGCUUGAAAAGGACCCCAUCGAGCGUCCGACGAUUGCAGAAAUCAAAGGACAUCCCUAUUUCUCGAGCAUCGAUUGGGGACAAUUGGCACUAAGAGAGAGGGCGAGCGGUGAGAACAUCGAUACUCGCGCACGCGAAGUCAGAAAGCAGUUACCACAAAAUUUGGCGAUGGAAACCAAAGACGAGAAGUUCUCGUGUGACCACGGCGUCCUGAGGAGUUCUCCAUGGUGGACGAAAAAACUUGGCCAAGGUUAUCCUUUGUGGGAGCCUGAGCCGAAAGAUGGAAUCGAAGUAGAGAUCGGAGAUGUAGGGUAUCUACAUCGGGGUGGUUUCUAUCGCAUAUUCAAUGCCCUCCGCGAUCCCCAAGAUCCGCUCAACGCCACACUAGGCACUCCGCCAGACUUCGAGAAGUUUUCCAGUGGGGCAAUGCAGCCUCAUCGCGUCGAAAACGCGAUCGCGUCCGGUCCUGUUGCGAGCAAGACGCUGAGGAAGAUCUCAGUCACUGGGGAACUCAGCGUACAUAACAUCGGAGCUACAUGCAAAUAUGAAUGCACAGAUGAUCAAGGCGCUCUGCUCGUCCUCGAGACACCUGCUGUGAGAGAAGAACUGCAUCAGCUUCGUAGAUUGAAGAACUACUUUAGUAAGAACAUAAAUGAUUGGCAUACGUUCGCCGCUGGGGAGAUAGGGCUUGAAAAAAAGCCUGAAGAAAUUCUAUUCGUUCGCGGUUGGGUGAAGACCACCCGGUGGGCCGUAGCUGCCUUCACGAAUCAGGCGAAAUCAGCCAAAAUUUCAUUUGACGGCAAUUUUGCAUCACCUGCUACUGCAUCGUUCGCGCUCGAGGCAUCAGAAUCUAUAGCUCCACAACACGAUCGCCGUUCGGGGCCCGAGGACAGGCUUCGGGGGGAAGGACACCAUCAUGCACGAAUUCAGCAGCAGCAGCAUCAGCAGCGUCAGCGUGGACGUAUCCGCGGCCAGGGUGGCAAAAACCAUAACUCUACACGAUCGUCUGAAGGUGAACCAGCCUGGCCUGCCGAUCAAUGUGUAUUCCUGCACUAUCUGAAGCUGAAGAAGCGGUUCUUACUAUUGAAGACCAUAGAGGCUGCCGCUGAACCGCAAGAUCCAUCAGUCUCGGGCGAUGAUGACGAUACCAUUGAGGAAGUGCCUGCAAGGAUCCAGAUACAAGAUCCUGUAGAUGAGGUGCUGGACUACAUAUUGAGAGUAGUGGGGAUGCUGGUAAUCGAGGAACAUGUGAUACCAGCCGUACCAGUCGUACCUGAGGCGGGCGAAGAAGCCGGAAGACAAGCCCCAGUGCAAGGAGACGUUGAAAUGCGACCCGCGCAACCACGCCAUUAUGCCGAUUAUGAGGAGGGCCUCGAUGAAGAGACUCGUCAAGAGCGGCGUGACGGCAAGACAAUCGACAGGAAGUUAGAAACCACUGACACCCUUCUUGAGCUGUCCAAUGACGAGCAUCGAGGCGGCGUCUGUGCGCUCGCGUACGCGCCAAACGGGCUGUACAUCGCGGCAGGCUUCGAGGAUUCAUCUGUUGUUGUCUGGAAUGCCAACAACCGACGACGCUUGCACGACCUCCGCGGACACAAUGAAGCCAUCUGCUCCCUCGAAUUCUCCCCGAACAGCCAAGAGCUUGUAUCCGGCUCGCGCGAUUCCCGGGUGAUUGUUUGGAGCAUGGUAGACGGCAGUCAGCAACUCGUGCUGAGCGGUCACACUGGCUUCGUAAAUUCUGUCGCGUUCUCUCCCACUCAACCCACAAUCGCAUCCGCCUCUGUCGACUUCACUGUGCGGCUGUGGAACUCAGAGGACGGCACUGCCAGAACCGAACCGAGCCAGCAUGAUGCGAUGGUCAUGUUCGUCGCGUUCUCCCCAGACGGUACGAAGCUCGUGUCCGCCAGCGCAGAUUGCGUCGCUAGACUCUGGAACACCGAAGACGGCUCGCGUGUAGCCGACCUUGACACUCAUGACGGGGUGAUCUACUCCGUCGCAUUCUCCCCCGACAGCCGACGUAUCGUCACCAGUUCCGACGACGGCAGCGCCCGUAUUUGGAGUUCUAUCUCGGGUGAUGAGUUCAUAUGUCUACGAGAGCACGCUGGGUCCGUCUGGACAGCAUGCUUCUCUGCUGACGGGAAAGAGAUCCUCAGUGUUGCAAGCGAGAGGGCUGUCAAGGUCUGCGACUCGUACAGCGGAGAUCUUAUCAGGUCGAUUGAGGGAGGCGACGCACUUGUGAAUGCCGCGACGUUCUCGCCCAAGGGAGACUAUUUGGGUGCUGGGGGUGAAGACCACUCGGUCAAUGUUUGGGACACAAAGACUGGAGUCCAAAUCGCCAGCUUCUCUGGACACACUGACAAUAUUAAUCGUCUGCGUUUCUCUCAAGACGGAAAGCGUAUCGUGUCGUCCUCUGACGACAGCACGGUUCGUUUGUUUCACAUAAACCUUCCUCCCCCUGUCGCCGAAGCCGCAAAGACAACCACCACCGAAGUACAGUGA